CUCUGCUGCCGGAGGAGCGCAAAGGAAAACGCGCAGUCCGUUGGAGCGGGAGCAGCGCUUUACCCUCAUGAACUCACAACGUACAAAAAAUAUACCUAUAUAAUUUUGCUGUCUUCACACACACCUGAACAAUUCCACGAAGAAGUUUUGCCAGUGUCGAGGAGUCUAGAAUAAGAAAACUCCAAAACUAAAGACAGAAUGGAUGUUUCACUGCUCUUCUUUCUGCUUCUUUUGUAUGGAUGUCAGCCAAAAAUGCUGCUGGUGCAGAUGUGUGAUGUGGCCACUGAGAUUUUGCUGGAAAAGGAGCGUUGUGAGAAUAGCAUCUCUGGGAACGUCACUUCAGGUUGCCAAGGCAUGUGGGACAUCAUUGCCUGUUGGCCUUCAGCCAGAGUCGGAGAAGUGGUUACAAUAACUUGCCCCGCUUACUUCAGCUACUUCAGUGACCAUCACAAAGGUAAUCUCUCCAAAACCUGCACAGCAGAUGGCUGGACCGAGAUGGAAGCUGUUGACGUUGCCGUCAUCUGUGGCUACAACCUCAACGGCACUAGUGAUGAUGGAAAGUUUUUCUUGCAAGUGAAGAUUGGCUAUACUAUUGGUCACAGUGUUUCCCUAAUCUCUCUCACAAUGGCCAUUGUGAUUCUCUGCAUCUUCAGGAAGCUCCACUGCACAAGGAACUACAUCCACAUGCAUCUAUUUGUGUCAUUUAUCCUAAAGGCCAUUGCUGUGUUCAUCAAGGAUGUGGUCCUCUACGAAGUAGGGGAGGUGGACAGCUGCUCCCUAGGCUCGGUUGGCUGCAAAGCAGUGAUUGUGUUCUUCCAGUACUGUAUAAUGGCCAGCUUCUUCUGGCUGCUGGUGGAAGGCCUUUAUCUUCACGCGUUAUUGGCUGUCUCUUUCUUUUCUGAGAGGAAGUACUUCUGGGCUUACAUUCUGAUUGGCUGGGGAGGUCCAAUAAUUUUCAUCACAGCCUGGAGCUUUGCUAAAGCCUAUUUUAAUGAUGUGGGGUGCUGGGAUAUAAUUGAGAACACUGAUGUGUUCUGGUGGAUCAUUAAAGCCCCCAUUUUGGCAUCAAUCCUGAUGAACUUUAUUCUCUUCAUUUGCAUCAUUCGAAUACUACGCCAGAAGAUCAAUUGCCCUGAUAUUGGAAGAAAUGAGUCCAACCAGUACUUGAGACUGGCGAAAUCAACGCUGCUUUUGAUUCCUCUGUUUGGGAUCAAUUUCAUUGUGUUUGCAUUCAUCCCAGAGCAAGUCAAGACUGAGCUGCGGCUAGUUUUUGACUUGAUUCUGGGGUCAUUUCAGGGCUUUGUGGUCGCAGUCCUUUAUUGCUUCCUGAAUGGAGAGGUCCAAGGAGAGAUCAAGAGGAAGUGGCGAAGGUGGCAUCUGCAGAGGUACAUGGGCUCUGACACCAAAUACCAACACCCAUCUAUUGGCAGCAGCAACAACUUCAGCACCCAGAUUAGCAUGUUGACACGUUGCAGCCCGAAAACACGUCGGAGUUCUUGCGCCUGUCGCGAUGACUUGUCUAGUAUAUGAUUCAAACAUACAUGAUGCCCAAGAUAUUCUCAUCCCAAACAGAGAAGACGCAGCAUAUAUAAGCUAUAGCAUAAAAAAUGGUAACACUUGCUCAGUGACACAUACACUCAAGGAGAAUGGUUGAGCUCAUGGGUUUGACAGGGAAAAAAGAACUGAGUGAUGAGAUAACAGGAAAGAUUUAAAAAACAGCACGACUAUCAGCUUCUCAGCAGCUUUUAAUCUACAUUCUUAAAAAAAAACAUGGGUUUAAGUGAUAAAGAUACAAGUGCUUUACUAGCACAGCUUUUGCACAUUUGAAGGAGGGUCAUUGAGUUUUUGUCUGUCACGGCUCAGUGCACAUGUACAGGUGAAUUUGUGAGUCUUAUCAUUUAGUGACUAUUUGCUUUACUUAAAAAGCUUAUGAUCUGCUGCUAUGAGGUUUGUUGCAAUGCAUGCUUUUAAAAGAAAAUCCCCAGUUUGUCAUCAAAGUUCCACAUUUAUUAUGCAGCUCAACAUUUGCUGAUCUUCCAUAACUGCCACUGUUGACAAACCUCACAAAAGGCACAAGCAUUUAAGCAAAGCUAAAAACCUAGGGCAUGGUUAAAAACUAAUUGCCUCCUUCCAGUGAGGCAAAUCAACCCUGCUUUCCUUAAAUACAUUCUACAAUCAUCCAAAAUAAAGAUUCACCCCCUGGUGGUUGGAAGUGUAAACAUAAAUGACACUAACUGAAAAUGGCUCCUGCAUAUCAUUAUGGAUAAUUUGGUAAAUCAAGUUCCCUGGGUGCUCAGACAGUGGGCAUUACAAAAUGUCAAAUAUUGAUGAGGUGAAUCCAGAACUACACCUGCAGACACGCAAUCUGAUGUAGAGUAAUUAUGCCCUGAUUAAAAGUUACUUAGUGGAUUCUUGCAGAUCCAACUGGACAAGGCUGGUGCAAAGACAGCCAUUACAAGAAAAGGAUUAGAUUGUGUUUAAAAAGGAAAUUUGAUUAUUUUUAUUGCUAUAAAGUGUGCAGUGAUGUACUGGCAAAGAAAAAGUGGGUGUUCUUGAGCAGUGAACCUAAGUGGUGACUUUCAGGAUGUUUUAAACUGUAUUUUAGAACAAAACCGUGUGCAACAUUUUGUUUCCUUCACUGUAUAGGAAAACAGAAAGAAAGGCUGACUGAUAACAGGCAUGAAACUUUAUUUCCUUAAAUGUGAAACGAAUGAGUCUUCAGACACGAUGACCAGUGCGAUACUGAUUCACAGUGAUGGAUCUGGAGUACAAAUGCCCUUCUCUGCACUAUCACUCUCUUAAGAGACUGAUUGUCCUUUGCCUUCCCUUUUAUGAGUACAGCCACCCCUCUUGUUUUAUGCAACCCUGAGCCUGUACAGUUGAAGGUUUUUAUUAUGUGAGGCAGCCUGGCGGUUCUGUGCUAAUCACUGAGUGCCGUUUCAGUGUUUUGAAGAGACACUUUUGGUCUAAUCUUCACUGGCUGUCAGGCAGCACAGCAGCUCUGGAGAGGCAAUGCCUUUAAACAGUCAGUCCUUGAAUGUUUACUUUUACUUGGGAGGAGUCAUUUAACGUUGGACAUUCAGUAUGCAGUGUAAAGUAAAAAGAAUUACUGUAGAUUCUUGUGCUUUAUGUAGUGCAUUGUGUAACGGUAAUAUGUCACUGUAAUGGUUGUUUGUUCACAUUACUGUAAUAUGUGGGAUUCAAUGCCUUGCCAGAAACAUGCUCCUGUACAAGCGAGACUAUGUAGCAGACUGUUUUAUUGUCAAGCAUAGUGCAGUAGGCCAUACAUUGUGAUUAAUCAUAAUACAAAGAUGUUAUAGGGCAUGUAUAGAGUAGUUUUCUUGUUUUUUUUUGUCUGACUCCUAACUUUUUAAUCCAUCAUUUUAAAAAUUAAAUUGUCAGCUGACUUGUCAGAUUUAAACUUUUCCUUUGGAGGAGUUUGAACCUGACACUUUAGUAGAGACAAGUGGAUGACUGGCCCUGUCACCAUGAUGUUAUUGUUCUUCUCAGCUUAUAAGAUUAGACUUGAAAAUCAGGUCCAGCUUUACCAGGAAUUAAGACUCACCACAACCUGUUGCUGAUUGACAGGGUCAGACCGCCAAAAACAUGCUAACAAAAA